AUGAUUCGGGCCACUAAGGCCAUUCCAUACGAAGUUGUCUUCAAUUGGAAGCCCAAACACAAGCGUGCGCCUGUUGGAAUGCGUGAGGUUAACGAGAACGAGAUCGAGGACCAGGAAGUUGAAAAUGAGAUUGACGAUGGGAUUGUCCAUGCGUCCGUAUAUCAGGAGGCCAUGGAAUGA